GCGAAUGGGAUGCCGGUGGUGUAUGCGGCUGCUGCGACUGGUGCACAUGGUCUUGGGCAUGAGCAUGCGGCGCAGGGUUCGGUUGGGAGUGUGGACAUGACCCCUCAGUGUUCGAUUGUGUCGAAUAUGUCGAAUAUGUCGUUGACAUCCCAGUCGUCGACGUCGAAUGGACACCACCAACACCAGCACCAACAUGCUCUUUCACACCACGCUCAUCACCAACAUUCCUCUAUCUCAGCCUCUGUUCGCGCUCACGCUGGGCAGUACGCUCCUCCUGGUCUCACUCAGGCUCCAGCCGUGGCCCCGUCUUAUGUUCCGCAGCCUCAGCCUCAGCCCCAGGCUCAGGAGGCUGUUAUCGAUAUGAAUGAUGCUGCGACGUUGGCUCUUUACUCCCAACUGCUUUUGUUCCGCGAUGACCCCACUCGCACGACGUGUGCCUUCUCUCCCCUCUUGACGCACGCUCAGCGUACGGUGUUGUUGCUCCUUGCCAACAAGUUGGGUUUGGACGCCAUCGAGGCUGAUGGAAUCGUCGUUGUCGGAAGGAUCGAGGCUCCGUACGCCGGACUCGGGAGGUACGAGGAGUCGGCGCGGAGCAGCAGCCAUGUCCAGAACACGCCGCCGAUGGGAUCGAGGGGGAUUCAGCAUCAGCAUCUCUCCAUCUCGACCAACAUAACGCCCGAACGCUCACUCGCUACCCCAUCCGCCUUGAAAGCCACCCGCUCUUUCUCGGAUUUGAGGGCGGCGAUGGCGUACCCUACACCCACCGAAUCCGCUUCGUCCACUAUGGUCGCAGGCGUCAAUGUCAGUGCUGGAGGAACCCCGACGCGUCAGCCGAAGGGUCCGGAUGGGAGUAAAGGGUUUGUGGGGAUGAAGAAGGGUGAGAGAGCUGAUCGUGCGGAUAAUUGGAGGGUUGCUGGGGCGGGGAAGAAGAAGGAGGGGAGUGAGGAGGAGUUUGUUUGUGUUUAACUGUGGACACAAGUGUGUGAUGUUCUCGGGGAUUAGAUAAGAGAGGAGAAGAUGUGAAUGGCUUGUGAUUGUGAUUGUGACUGAUAUUGAUACGCAUAGGGUAUGGAUAUGGACAGGAAGGGACGGACGGACGGACGGACGGUCGAUGAUGUCGACUUGAGAUGAUGUGUGGUUUCUGUUUUCAAACUCGUUCGUUCUUGAGAACGUAUAUCUGUGAUACUUUGAGGUGAAGAUUGAGAUUGACAUGGGUUUAGGUGUUAUAGCUAUUACAAUGGGAUAUUUCUGGGU